GAGAAAAACAACAGGAAGCAGCUCAGAAACUCGGUGAACAGCAGAGGGAACCAAGCCAGAGAGAAUAGAGGGAACCAGGCUCAGAGCAAGUGGAAGUGGGCAGAGAUUCCACAAGGACUGGUGCAGGGCACGGAGUCAGCCAGCCUUGUGAGCAGGCAGCGAGAUGCCAGGGAGCGGAGCCGUGAUGCUGCUGGCGCUGCUGGCCUGGACAGCUCAGGGCCGGACUGUGCCUGGGGACAGCAGCCUGUCGUGGGCUCAGUGCCAGCAGCUGUCGCAGAAGCUCUGCACGCUGGCCUGGAGUGCACAUCCGCCUGUGGGACACACGGAUCUAAGAGAAGAGGGAGAUGAAGAGACUACAAGUGAUGUCCCGCAUAUCCAGUGUGCGGAUGGCUGUGAUCCCCAAGGACUCAAAGACAACAGUCAGUUCUGCUUGCAAAGGAUCCACCAGGGUCUGAUUUUUUAUGAGAAGCUGCUAGGAUCGGAUAUCUUCACAGGGGAGCCUUCUCUGCUCCCUGACGGCCCUGUGGGCCAGCUUCAUGCCUCUCUGUUGGGCCUCAGCCAGCUCUUGCAGCCUGAAGGUUACCACCGGGAGUCUCAGCAGAUUCUGCACCCCAGCCCCAGCCAACCAUGGCAGCGCCUCCUUCUCCGCUUCAAGAUCCUUCGUAGCCUCCAGGCCUUUGUGGCUGUAGCUGCCCGGGUCUUUGCCCACGGAGCAGCAACCCUGAGCCCCUGAUGCCAGUGUUUUAAGGAUGGCACUCAGAUCUCCACGUCUCAGCAAUGCCAAGAUGCACCUUCCACCCCAGGUACCUGUGAGCCAGCAAAUUACUUAGUCCAUCCAUUCUAAUGGGACUUGCACAUGUUGAAAAAUUACCAGUACUGACUGACUUAUGAUGUUGACCUGUGACAAAGCUGAAUAUUUAUUAGAUGGGAAAGGACAUUUGGGGAUGAUUUAUCCUCAUGGGAGCAGUUUGGAGAAGAAGAGUAUUUAUUAUAUUUAUACUGAAUUAUGUACUUUUUUCAAUAAAGGCUUAUUUAUGUGACU